UGGAAGGGGGAGGUACUCUGUAAAGGGGAAAGGAGCUCAGCAAGGGAAGAAGCUUCAGGAUUCUCUGGAGUGAGUAGGGCGGGGACCCUGGCGCACCCCCAGGGACCUCUGCGCUCCACAUUCCAGGGGAGAGGGAGUCCAGAGCGUUCCCAGUGCGCCUGGGUCCUCGGAGCAGCUCGGUUUCCUCUAAGCUGCCUGCCGCCAAACCCGCAGUGUUUACCAGAACCCGGGUGGUGUACAAACCCAAAUGUCAGACUUCCUGUCCCAGAGAUUUUCAACUCGCUCACCCCCAGCUCCUAUUCGGCCUCCCCCAGGAAGGAGAGGGAAGGCUGGAAGCAGGAGGAGCUAGCCCGGGGCAGCCUCCCCCCUCCCUCUCCACCCCAAAGGCAGGAAUUUCUGGGACGGGCAGAUUGUGCCCCCCCUCUUCCUCCUCCCGCUCCAAGCCGCAAAGGGAGAACCUCCACGACUUUUCCGUCUUCCAGCCAGAGUCCCCCCACCGUGGCGACAGGGGUGACUGACGAAGUGGGUCUCGGGGACGCAGGGGUGGCGAGGCCCCCGGGGAGGGGUGGAGCGCGGAGGAGGCUGCGGUCCUGCCCUCCGCCACCCCACCCACCGCAGGGCUGGGCGCUGGGGCUGCGGCGCUGGCCCCCCUCGGGCGCUACACCCGGGGACCGGCGGGCCAAGUGGUUAGCGAUGCCGCUGCUGUCCCUGUCGCUGCUCCUGCUGCUGCUGCAGGUACCGACGGGCUCCGCCGAGACCGCGGCGUGGGCAGUCACCCCCGAGCGGCUCCGCGAGUGGCAAGAUAAAGGAAUCUUCAUUAUCCAAAGUGAGAACCUCGAGAAAUGUAUUCAAGCCAGCAAAUCUACACUGACCCUGGAGAACUGCAAACCACCCAACAAGUACAUGCUGUGGAAGUGGGUUUCAAACCACCGCCUAUUUAACAUCGGAGGCAGUGGCUGCCUGGGCCUGAACGUGUCUAGUCCAGAGCAGCCGCUGAGCAUAUACGAGUGCGAUUCCACCCACGUUUCCUUGAAGUGGCACUGUAACAAGAAGACGAUCACAGGCCCACUCCAGUACCUGGUCCAGGUGAAGCAGGACAACACGCUUGUGGCCUCAAGGAAAUAUCUCCAUAAGUGGGUUUCCUAUAUGUCCGGUGGUGGAGGCAUUUGUGACUAUCUGCACAAAGAUUUGUACACAAUCAAAGGGAAUGCCCACGGGACUCCGUGCAUGUUCCCCUUCCAGUACAAUCAGCAGUGGCGGCACGAAUGUACCCGGGAAGGACGGGAAGACAACUUACUGUGGUGUGCCACUACCAGCCGAUACGAAAGAGACGAGAAGUGGGGAUUUUGCCCAGAUCCUACAUCCACAGAGGUGGGCUGCGAUGCAGUCUGGGAGAAGGAUCUCCAUUCACGCAUUUGCUACCAAUUCAAUCUGCUUUCCUCCCUGUCCUGGAGCGAGGCUCAUUCUUCAUGCCAGAUGCAAGGAGGUGCUUUAUUAAGUAUUGCAGAUGAGACUGAAGAAAAUUUCGUAAGGAAGCACUUGGGCAGUGAAGCAGUGGAAGUAUGGAUGGGUCUGAACCAGCUGGAUGAAGAUGCUGGUUGGCAGUGGUCUGAUAGAACACCACUCAACUAUCUGAACUGGAACCCAGAAAUAAAUUUUGAGCCAUUUGUUGAAUUUCACUGUGGAACAUUUAAUGCAUUUAUGCCAAAGGCCUGGAAAAGUCGGGAUUGUGAGUCUACCUUGCCCUACGUGUGUAAAAAAUAUCUAAAUCCCACUGAUCAUGGAGUAGUUGAAAAUGAUGCUUGGAAAUACUAUGCUACCCACUGUGAGCCUGGCUGGAAUCCCCACAAUCGUAAUUGCUAUAAACUGCAGAAAGAAAAAAAGACCUGGAAUGAGGCUUUGCAGUCUUGCCAGUCCAACAACAGUGUAUUAACAGACAUAACUUCGUUAGCAGAAGUGGAAUUUCUUGUAACCCUCCUUGGAGAUGAAAAUGCAUCAGAAACAUGGAUUGGUUUGAGCAGCCAUAAAAUUCCAGUUUCCUUCGAGUGGUCUAAUGGCUCCUCGGUCACCUUUACUAACUGGCACACACUUGAGCCCCACAUUUUUCCAAAUAGAAGCCAGUUGUGUGUCUCAGCAGAGCAAUCUGAGGGACACUGGAAAGUUAAAAAUUGCGAAGAAACACUUUUUUACCUUUGUAAGAAAACAGGCCUUGUCCUUUCUGACACUGAAUCAGGCUGUCAAAAGGGAUGGGAGAGACAUGGUAAAUUCUGUUACAAAAUUGACACCGUCCUUCGAAGCUUUGACCAUGCCUCCAGUGGUUACUACUGUCCUCCUGCGCUUAUAACCAUUACAAGCAGGUUUGAACAGGCUUUUAUUACCAGUUUGAUCAGUAGUGUGGUGAAAACGAAGGACACUUAUUUUUGGAUCGCUCUUCAAGAUCAAAAUAAUACAGGAGAAUACACUUGGAAGACGGCAGGGCAGCAGUUGGAGCCGGUGAAGUACACACACUGGAACACACGUCAGCCCCGCUACAGUGGUGGCUGUGUUGCCAUGCGAGGGGGGAGUCACCCUGGCCGCUGGGAAGUGAAGGACUGUAGGCACUUUAAGGCGAUGUCCCUGUGCAAGCAACCAGUGGAAAAUCGGGAGAAAACCAAGCAAGAAGAGGGAUGGCCCUUUCACCCCUGCUAUUUGGACUGGGAGUCAGAGCCUGGCCUGGCCAGUUGCUUCAAGGUAUUUCAUAGUGAAAAAGUCCUGAUGAAAAGAACAUGGAGAGAAGCUGAAGAAUUUUGUGAAGAAUUUGGAGCUCAUCUUGCAAGCUUUGCCCAUAUUGAGGAAGAGAAUUUUGUGAAUGAGCUUUUACAUUCAAAAUUUAAUCGGACAGAAGAAAGGCAGUUCUGGAUUGGAUUUAAUAAAAGAAACCCACUGAAUGCUGGUUCUUGGGAAUGGUCUGAUGGAACUCCUGUUGUCUCUUCAUUUUUAGACAAUUCUUAUUUUGGAGAAGAUGCAAGAAAUUGUGCUGUUUAUAAGGCAAAUAAAACGUUGCUACCCUCAUACUGUGGUUCCAAACGUGAAUGGAUAUGCAAAAUUCCAAGAGAUGUGAGACCCAAGGUUCCACCCUGGUAUCAGUAUGAUGCACCCUGGCUCUUUUAUCAGGAUGCAGAGUACCUUUUUCAUAUUUCUGCUUCGGAAUGGUCCUCCUUUGAGUUUGUCUGUGGCUGGCUGCGCAGUGAUAUUCUCACUAUUCAUUCUGCACAUGAACAAGAAUUCAUCCACAGCAAAAUAAGAGCGCUAUCAAAGUAUGGUGUAAAUUGGUGGAUUGGACUUCGAGAAGAAAGAGCCAAUGAUGAAUUUCGUUGGAGAGAUGGAUCACCAGUAAUAUAUCAGAACUGGGACAAAGGAAAAGAAAGAUCUAUGGGCCUUAAUGAGAGCCAGAGGUGUGGCUUCAUUUCAUCCAUAACAGGUCUCUGGGCGAGUGAAGAGUGUUCAAUUUCUAUGCCUAGCAUCUGUAAGCGAAAAAAGGUUUGGGUCAUAGAAAAAAAGAAAGAUAUUCCAAAACAACAUGGAACAUGUCCCAAAGGAUGGUUAUAUUUUGACUAUAAGUGCCUUUUGCUGAAAAUCCCUGAAGGCCCAAGUGACUGGAAGAACUGGACAUCUGCUCAAGAUUUUUGUGUUGAAGAAGGGGGGACACUGGUUGCCAUUGAAAAUGAGGUGGAACAAGCUUUCAUUACCAUGAAUCUUUUUGGCCAUACGACUAAUGUGUGGAUAGGGUUACAAGAUGAUGAUUAUGAAAAAUGGCUAAAUGGAAGGCCUGUGUCAUAUUCUAAUUGGUCUCCAUUUGAUACAAUAAAUAUUCCAAAUCACAACACCACUGAAGUUCAAAAACGCAUUCCUCUCUGUGGCUUGCUGUCAAAUAAUCCUAAUUUUCAUUUCACUGGAAAAUGGUAUUUUGAAGACUGUAGAGAAGGUUAUGGGUUUGUUUGUGAAAAAAUGCAGGAUGCUUCUGGACACAGUAUAAAUACAUCUGAUAUGUAUCCAAUCCCUAAUACCUUAGAAUAUGGAAACAGAACUUACAAAAUAAUUAAUGCAAAUAUGACUUGGUAUACAGCACUAAAAACCUGCCUGAUGCAUGGAGCAGAACUGGCCAGCAUUACAGACCAGUACCACCAGUCUUUCCUCACUGUUAUCCUUAACCGGGUGGGAUACGCCCACUGGAUUGGACUGUUCACUGAAGAUAAUGGUCUUAGUUUUGACUGGUCAGAUGGCACCAAAUCCUCCUUCACUUUUUGGAAAGACGAUGAAUCAUCCUUCCUUGGUGACUGUGUUUUUGCUGACACCAGUGGACGCUGGAGUAGCAAAGCCUGCGAGUCGUAUCUGCAAGGAGCCAUUUGUCAAGUGCCCACUGAAACAAGACUGUCUGGACACCUAGAGUUGUGCUCAGAAACAUCAAUUCCCUGGAUAAAAUUCAAAAGUAAUUGCUACAGUUUUUCUACAGUCCUAGAGAGUACAAGUUUUGAGGCUGCUCAUGAAUUUUGCAAAAAGAAAGGCUCUAAUCUUUUAACAAUCAAAGAUGAAGCUGAAAACUCUUUUCUUCUAGAAGAGCUUUUAGCUUUCCGUUCUUCAGUCCAGAUGAUUUGGCUGAAUGCUCAGUUUGAUGGUGACAAUGAAACCAUAAAGUGGUUUGAUGGAACUCCCACAGAUCAAUCAAACUGGGGUAUUCGGAAGCCAGAGGUGGACCACUUCAAACCCCAUCUGUGUGUUGCCCUGAGGAUUCCUGAAGGAGUGUGGCAAUUAUCCUCAUGUCAAGACAAAAAGGGAUUUAUAUGUAAAAUGGAAGCAGGACCGAGUCACAGCAUCAUGCCUCUUACAGUUGUGCUGACCCUGCUAGUAAUUCUGGCAGUUUCCACGCUUUCCUUCUGCAUGUACAAGCACAGUCACAUUAUCUUCGGGAGACUUUCUCAGUUUAGAAAUCCUUACUAUCCUUCAGCCAACUUUAGUACAGUACAUUUAGAAGAAAAUAUUCUCAUUUCUGAUCUUGAGAAGAAUGACCAAUAAUAACGAAGUGAGAGAACAUCACGGCGGUGAGAAUGAGCAAAGAAGAGUCUUUCCCUUCACAGACCAGAUGCCACUAUAAUGUCAACUGUGUCACCAUCUUCGUUAUUCUUAAAAUGAUGACUGGUUUUGAAUUGUAACCAAAUCAGAUAGGUGUUCAUUUAUUUAUUUCCUCAAACUGUGAUCUAUUCUUAAAAGGGGGAAAUUUUACAGUGCUUGUUAUUCAGAAAACAAGAACUAUUAAAAGAAACUCCCAAAUGAGACCCCUCAAACCAACAUGAAUAAUGGUUUUUGCAUUAAUAUGCUUUUACCAAAAAUUCUGGGGAAUUUUUAAACUAAUUUGAUAUCUAUUCAGAUGUUUACUAAUACCCAUUCCAUGAAAAGAGAGCGGGGUGGGAAGCAGAACAAAUUUUAAAGUCCUACACUCAUAGAAGAGAGGAAAGAGAAAAGGCUUCUGAGAGGAUUCUUGUUUGGUUUUUAUUCAAUCAGUUUAACAGCAGGGUUUGCAAAACACUAAUAUCUCAGCUUAAUACUCACAGGUUCUGGACUCUAUACUAAUAUUUAGGCUGACAUUCAUUUUUAUUAGUUCUGUCUUCUCAAACUAAAGGAAAAGAAAAAUAACCUUUCUUUAAAUAGUAAAGAUCUUUUAGCAGUACCCUUUCAAAAGCAACCAUGCAAUGUGACCUAAAAUCAUCAAUUACUAAAUGAUAACAAACUUAGUUUUAAAAAAAACCUUAUAGAUAAGCUCAAAGGAAUAUAUUGAGAUCUUAAUACUGUUAAAAUUUAUGAGCUUCAUUUAAGACUAAAGAUAUAAAGUGUAUACCACUCCUAACAACCAAAAGAUAUAAAAUGUAACUUGAAUUUAAAGGCAAAAAGUUAAAGAUCUGAAUUACAGUUUCAUUAGAAUUAGACUACAGAAUGUGAUGAGAAGUACUAAAAAAUUACUCUCCAGAGUAAUCUAGAUAACCUUUGCUAUAUAGAGUUUAUUUAGUAAAUUAUGGUUUGGGGGAACCAUCUCCAUUUGCAUUGGACUAGUUAGUCUGGGUAGUAAAAAAUAAAAGCAUGAUACUAAUCCAUAAAUUAAAAAUCACAGACAUGGUCUUCCUUCAUUCAUUUUUUAUAAACAAAAAAGACUUCAUAAUCAAUAUUCAAAACUUUACUCAUUACAUAAAUGUUUAUCAAGUUCCUGUUAAGAACCAAGAGCCAUUUUAGAAACUGGAGGUACUGGGGUUAGCACUUAGUUUCUAAUAAAGGAAAACCAACAGUAAAGCAGUCAAGAAACGUAUAAGAAUAAAAUAGCAGGUGGGUAUGAAGACUAAGUAAGGGCCUACAAUAGAGAGAAACUGGGAGAGUCUCCCUAGCGUGUGCAUUUUCAUUAUUACAACCAGCUUCCUCAAAACUGGUGGCAGUCACAGGAUGAAGCUUAGAGAAAGUAGGAAUAAGCCCCUACGUGGAAAACUAUCAUCAUCAGAAACACAAUUUGAAAAAUGUGUCCUAAGAAUGAAGUCUUUGUGGCCUGAAACAGUUAAUACAGAGUCUAAAAGCAGCUGUUUGCUACUGCUGUGUCAUUACACACUGAGACAAUCUACUUCAUAAUUUUGUUUGUUCAGGGACUAUUUUUUAUUUUAAGAUAUUACAUUAUGUGGCAGUUGUAUGUUUAUGACUCAAAAGAAGAACUGGCCUGGACUAACCAGAUGUUUAGCCCAAUUUAAUAAUCUGUCAGGUGAAAUUAAAGUUCUGUUCUUGUCAGUUGUCUUGCUAAAAAGUGCUAAUCAAUUAUCCUUCCAGUCAAGGUAUAUUGAAGUGAAUAGUCAGUCACACAUAAAAAUUUGACAAAGUAUGUCAUUAGUAAAGUGAUUUUUCAG